AUGGAUGCCCGUUAUCAGAGGAGCAAAUUCUGGUGCAGAAUAUCUGACUCAGGGACAUUUUCCUACAGCAGUGGCAAGUCUCAAAUAUCAAACCUUCAGGCCAACCUACACACCUGUGAGCCCUGUGGGACCUCCUGCCAGCAAAUGGCAGAAUCACAGAUUAAAGAGGGCAGGGACAUCUGCUUCACCCAGCGAGAGAGAAAUACCUUCAGCUUGAGGACUGCUGCUGUGAACAGGAGGCACAGCGCUGAUGGGACCACUGGUUCAGGGUCAGGAUCAGAACCGGGACGAGGCCCCGUUGACUCUGACCGUUUCCAUCCGUACCGUCGACAUUUCAGUGAUGGAGCAGUGUCGCCUGCAGGUUGCCUCCAGCAGUGCUCGUCCUCCUUCAGCUGCCUGCAGGAGGUGUGCAAUCCUGACACACCAACAUCCUGGGACCAAUACAACGGCAGCGUGCAGAGUUCGUACCCAGAAGUGCCAUCUCUCCCUGUAGAGCCCUCCUGCUUCCUGUCUCAGAGCUACCCAUCCUACAGCUCAUCGAGCCCUCUGCAACAGGUCUCAUCUAGACUGUAUCCUAACAAUGAUCCGCCCAACAGCUCAAAAUAUUCUCUCCAAAGUAUCUCCACACAAAUACACCAGGAGAGAACCACACAGUCCCUCUUCCCCAAGCCCAUUUACUCAUACAGCAUCUUGAUCUUCUUGGCUCUGAAGAACAGUAAAACAGGAAGCCUGCCAGUCAGUGAGAUCUACAGCUUCAUGACUGAACACUUCCCCUAUUUCAAGUCAGCUCCUGAUGGAUGGAAGAACUCUGUGCGUCACAACCUCUCUCUGAACAAGUGCUUUCAGAAAGUGGAGAACAAAAAUGGGAACUCGUCCCGUAAGGGCUGUCUUUGGGCUCUCAAUCCAGCCAAGGUGGAGAAAAUGCAGGAGGAGAUGCACAAGUGGCGUCGCAAGGACCCCAUCACUGUUCGCAGGAGCAUGGCGAGGCCAGAACACCUUGAUCGUCUACUGGGAGAGAGACCGGACAAGCUCAGGUCUUUGCCACCUUACACCAACCCAGCUUUGUUAUCCAGAGUGGCCUCUAUCUAUGGCACCACCUCGCCAUCUUGCAUCCCAGCCCCGCUUCAACCCCCUGCCCACCCAUUCGCCAUCCACAUGUCUCAUGUCCUCAUGUCUCAAUCUCAGCUGCCCUGCUACCUUCCCCCCGCCACCGCUCACCUCAGCGACUCAUUUCCUCUGUACUCACCCUGUGGACAGCAGUCUGCAGGUAGCGUCCCAUUAGCCAUGGGGAGCCUGCACUCCUCCAUGGCUGGUAAGAUGCCACCUGUUUACAAUGGCGCCCUGUAUGCCGAGUACAGCUCAGGCAGCAUCCAGGACUUGCUGUUGGAGGGAGACGCCAACUAUGACAUCGACACACUCAACCCCAGUCUGACUGACCUGCAGCUGGAAGGUAACUUGUGGCAGGAGCUACAGGAGGACAGCCUGGUGUCUGAUCCACAGGUUACCACCACAACCUCGUCCACAGCCGCUGCUCUGCAGGUCCACCACGUCCAGACCAGCUGCCUGCAGGUCACGUCUCCUUUCGGUCAGACGUCAGAGGUGACUGCCGUCGGUCGACGAAAAGCAGAGUAUGAGGACGGAAACACAGGUAGAAACUUUGAGCAGCAUGGCUGUUUGAAUGGACUGCAUCCUGUGGUUUAUUCAGGGGUGGAGAGUCUGGCUGGGUAUCUGACCUCCUGCUCCUCAUCCAUCUCCUUGAUGUAA